GCACUGCCUAUAAAUCAUCGCCACUCCCACAACCGUCACAAAGGCACCAGUUCAGGACGCUAGCCUCCUAUCCAAUUGUCAGAUCUCCAGGCUCAGGAGCUCCGAAGCCUCUCCAAUGGCGGUCAAGGUCUAUGUCGUGUAUUACUCCAUGUAUGGACAUGUUGCUAAACUAGCUGACGAGAUCAAGAAAGGUGCCUCGUCAGUUGAAGGUGUAGAGGCCAAAAUAUGGCAGGUCCCUGAAACUCUCCCCGAGGAUGUACUUGGAAAGAUGGGCGCACCUCCUAAGCUUGAUGCCCCAGUCAUAACACCACAAGAACUUGCGGAGGCAGAUGGGAUUCUCUUUGGAUUUCCUACAAGGUUUGGCAUGAUGGCUGCGCAAAUGAAGGCAUUCUUUGACGCAACUGGUGGCUUGUGGAGGGAGCAGAGCCUUGCAGGCAAACCUGCUGGCAUUUUCUUCAGUACUGGAACUCAGGGUGGUGGUCAGGAGACUACAGCGUUGACCACUGUGACCCAGUUGACUCAUCACGGCAUGGUAUUUGUGCCUGUCGGAUACACCUUUGGUGCCAAGCUGUUUGACAUGGAGAAAGUUCAGGGCGGCAGCCCCUACGGCGCGGGCACAUUUGCGGCCGACGGUUCUAGGUGGCCAUCUGAGAUGGAGCUGGAGCACGCCUUCCACCAAGGCCAGUACUUUGCGGGCAUCGCGAAGAAGCUCAAGGGCUCUGCUUGAUCUUGUCGUCGUAUCGGCCUGCGUUGGCCUCUGCUGUCUGCACAUACCGUAGAUAAACAUUUACAGCUCCACCGUAUCGUGAAUAGCUUGGUCUGUUCUUUUGUGGUGUUCAGAAAUUGGUGUAUUGAUUUGUGGAACUUCUGAUGCCGUGUGCGUGAUAUGUGUGCAGUGAUGAAUUGAUUGCAUGUAGGACUUGGAUUGUGUAUCUCUUAAAUAUAUUGAUAAUGAAAGGUUAUUUUGAACUGUCA